AUGCCGUCGUCUGUCUCGUCCGAUACUGAGAAACGGUCUUAUGCGAGCGUCCCGCUCUCCCCUCCUUCGUCAUCCAACGGCCGCAUUCCAGUCACCCCAGCAGUUCUCAGAAGCAUCUUUGCAUCCUCACGGACAGCCAUGGAAGAACGCUCCAUCUCCCGUAUAGCAUUCUUCAGAUUUGCUGGCUUUGUACUCAGCUGUAUCGGCAUCAGUCUUGCAGCAUGGCGUGGCCGUGGCGUAAGGGCAGGGGCAGGCAUCCUAGGCGUUGUCUGA